CCGCCCUCUGACGUCAGUGUGUGCUCUGCGGUCAGCUGAUCCAUGUGAAGCCAGACAGCGGACGGAAACGUACAGCCUGUGGUACAAAGUAAAGUAGCUUAGUGGGGUGACAGCAGGCUGCAUAGCUCUUCAUCUGUUCCUGUCCACGUUAUAUUCCUGCAUGAUAUUGAUUAGUUAUCAUCCAUGAAUGAUCAUAUUUAUCAGUCUUUUUUCACUUUGAAGCGCGUGUUUUUAGCAUAGCUGCUAACGUCGGUGGACUCAGCUCUUUAACUUCGCUAGCUUACAAAGUGAAGGGCCAGGUGAGACCAGGGUGAGACCAGGGUGAGACCAGGGUGAGACACCUGUGAUGGUCCGGAGUCCUUUAGAACACCGAGAGAGAAGCUGAGAUGGAAAACUGCGAUGGAGAGGACUUCAUAGAGACGCCUGAGCUGCCUCUUGAGAUCAUAGUUUACAUCCUGAGCUUUCUUCACCCUUCAGACCGGAAAGAAGCCUCACUGGUGUGUCGGCGCUGGUACAUCGCCAGUCAGGACUUCAGCUUUCAGAAAAAUGUCACCUUCUGUUUCCCGGCUUCAGCCUCUUCCCUGGAGCUGAUCAGAGGUCUGGGCAGAAAGUCACGCUGCAGUCUGGUCAUCAGCCAGCUGGAUGGACACAGCAUGUCAAGAUCGCUGCUUCAGGAGGUGGGUCUGUGUUUGGGCUCCAGGUUGGAGAGCUUGGCCCUCCCUGGCAGCAGUAUAACAGAGGCCUCUCUGCUGGACCUCCUCCCCCGCCUCACCUCUCUCCGCAGGCUCAACCUCAGAGGGCUGGACAGCCUCUUCAUGUCCGGAGCCUUCCUUUCUAGGGAGGAGCACAGACAGCAGGUCAGGUCAGCUCUGUCUGGUCUGGAGGAGCUCGACCUUUCAGACCUGCGCUUCCUUUCAGACCUCACCUUCAACCGGCUCACCGGCUGCACCCCGCGCCUCCGCCGCCUUUCAUUGGCCGGCUGCCACAUUGCCUUUGAGUUUGACCCUUAUCAAGGCUGCCCGGUUGGAGCUGUUGAGGUAUCGUCAGCACUGCUGUCACUGAGAAACCUGAGGAAGUUGUUGACGGAGCAGAAAUCCACCCUGAUAGCUCUGGACCUCAGCAGAACCUCCAUCACCCCUGAGUCACUACGCACCAUUGCUCAGGUUCCGGGUUUGUUUUUAGAGGAGCUGAGUCUGCACGGCUGCAAAGAGCUGACGGACUACUCAGUGGAGGUUCUGGUGAAGCACCAGCCAAGCCUCCGGAGGUUGGACAUCAGUGCCUGCAAAGAGCUGACCAACAGGUCUGUGGAAGCCAUAGCACAGGGCCUGAAGUCACUGACACACCUGUCACUGUCACGCGACUGGAGGGUCACUGAAAAAGGCCUGGCUGACCUCCUCUCUGUGUCGUCCCUGAAGAGUCUGGAUCUGUCCGAGUGUCUGCAUGUCAGUGGCUCAGAGAUAGUGAGAGGCCUGACCGGAUCCAGGACUGCUCGAGCACAGCUAGAGACCCUCAGCCUCAAGAGCUGCACCUACAUCAGGGAUCUUGCGGUUUUCUCCCUCACUCGGCUCCUCGGGGAUUCUCUCCGUGAGCUCGACUUGACUUCCUGUGUAAAUGUGACCGACCUGUCUGUGCGCGCCGUAGCUACUUACCUGCAGGGGCUGGUGGUUUUGCGGCUUGGCUGUUGUAAAGAAGUCACGGACUGGGGUCUGCUCGGGAUAGAGGAGACAGCCAAAUGUGAGCACAACCUGGAUACGGGAGAAAAGGGGCCAAAAUUCACCCGCACAUUUGGAAACAUGGGUUUUUUCAAGCCUCCUCGUUUGCCAUUCGAGGAGCGACCCAAGCUGGUGACGAAUAACGACCUGGAGCAGUUCAAACAGCAGGACGGAGCUUCACUGUUGGCGCUCAGCAGGCUGCAGGAGCUGGACCUCUCCGCCUGCCCCAAACUCACCGACAGCAGCAUCACGCAGGUAGUACGCUACCCAGACCUGCACCGUCUCUCUCUGUCCAUGCUGACAGAGAUCACUGACGCUAGCUUAGCAUCGGUAGCCUGGCACUGCCGCAGCCUGACCAGCCUGGCACUCAGCCACUGCCCAGGUAUCAGUGACCAUGGCAUGGCUCAGGCUGCACCGUACCUCCGUCGACUGCAGCAUCUCUACCUCUCCUGUUGUAAUAGAAUCACAGACAGGUCCUUGUUCCUCCUGAUGCAGCACUGUAAACGUCUGCAAACACUCGACAUCUCAUGGUGCAAAAACAUCUCCGUCACGACAGUGGACCUCCUCCAGGCGAAGUUACCGUUCCUGGAAAACGUCCACUACAAAUUCAUAGGUGGGACCGAUCUAACCCUCACACUCUGACUGAAAGACCAAAAGACAUUUCAAAAGAAAACCUGCUGACGAAGCUCGCUCUGAUGACUGAGCUUCUGCACGAGAACUGAUGGAAGCAUCAGAGAGAGGUCAGUCUGAGGGGGCUGCUCCGUGAACCUGUCGCCUGUAUGUCGUCUUGUAAGUGAUUGUAGAAAGUCAAACUAGUAUCAACGUAUUUAAAGGUAACUUAAUGUCGGCUCCAAAGGGAAAAUGGUGUCGUGUGUAUGUUCGGUUCACUAACAAGACUGUGCCGUUGUAAAAGUGGUUUGUUUGAAAUAUGCGUAAGAAUGGAGGAAGCCUGCCAGGACCUGGGGGGUCAAAAUCAAGGAUGAGGACACAUCUCAACAAGCUUCUGGUUUAUCAUCCUGUGUUGGUUUCUGUGUUGAGAAGAGGAGAGAAAGGGGGGCGGUUCUUGAGAACUGUGUGAAAGAGAGCGUUGGGCUGUGAACACACCAGUGAUGACACAGGUGAAAGAAAUACUCAGAAGCGAGUGACUGAGUUGAUUUCAGAGGCGUGGUCUUGUUCCUAAACUUGCGUUAUAUUGAGUUUAUCAGGACAGCUUGUAUACAAACAAGGCUCUUCAUGGUGUCUGCACAGCUUAGAGAAAACCCCUCACACCUGAGCCACAGCUGCUACAAGAAGGAGGACAUUUACCUCAAACGUAAGGGAGCACAUUGCACUCACUUGAAAAAGAAAGCUCUGUUUUCCUGAGUUAAGGAGAUGCUGGUACCUCAAACCCCUGAUGGAAGCUUUCACUAAGGCCACCUGAGGAAGAAAACAAGACCUAACUGUGUAGUUUAGUCCGUAUUUUGUUUGGGUUUGGGACCUUUGGGAGAUAUCCAUGACUUAAAGCAACAUAGAUGCUGUUAUAGUUUGCACAGGCACAUUAUGGAUCUGCAGAUGUUCAGAUGUAAAGUCCAUCCUGAUGAGCUGAGCGUUUCAGUGUUUCUCAGGAUCAGCGGAGCAGUAGUGGCAUCCUUUAUAUGCAACCAUCAGUACGUAACAUUUUAAACAAGAUUCUCCUUCCUCGUUCCUCAAUUCACAGAUGGAGCUGAGGUUACAAACUACUUAAACAAGCAAAUACAUUUUAUCUCAAGUGAAUACAGCGUGCUUCCAUAUAUGUUUGUUUCUAAGAGGAAAAUGUCCCCCAGAUAAGUUUGAGGUUUGUAUAUCACGUAGUUGUAUAUUUACUUUUACAUAAGUAAAGGAGUCGACUGUAUCUCAGACUUUUUAAAAUUAUUCUGAAUGAAGUGGUCUCAAAAGAAAUAGUUUUUUAAGUGAAUUUUAAAUAAUAUAUAAAGUAAUGUUAUAAUAUAUUUAAUAAUGUUAACUACAUUCCAAUAAGUUUGCUAAUCCAAAGCACAUUUCACUGUUUUCAGCACUUAGAGAAGGUCAGACUUCCUUUGAAUUAUCCUGAUCCUCCUCCUCUUUAUAGAUAUCUGACAGUGUUUCUUCAUCAUUCCUCAAUCUUUCAUUAUUUUAACAGAUACAGAAGAAACUUUUUCUUUCUUUAAAUUUAUUAUUUGAGCUUUUAAUGCCUUUAUUCAGAGAGGAUAGUGCAGGAACCAGGGCUUGAGGGCUGAAGCCUCUCUACACGGGGCACGUUGAACCACUGGACCAAACAGGCAUCCCAAACUGAACCUUAUUUAUUCCUGUUAGUUCUGUUCUUCUGAAAAUGAGUGGCUCCAAAAUGCUUUCCUGCACUUUUACCUGCAACACGAGAUAAAACUAAUUACUUCAAAGCUACAGUGUAUGCAUGUUCUCCUGCAGAGGACGGAGCAGGUAUUAGUUUCCCCCUAGAACAUGUCAGACAUAAACAACAAGUCAAAAGUUUGGAAACACCUUCUCAUUCAAGGGUUUGUAUUUAUUUUAAUUAUUGUAAACACUGUAGAUUAAUACUGAA